GUUUUUAUGUAUGAUUGUUUCGAUUUCAUUUUAUGGCAGUUUUCUUCGGUGAAUUCAGCAUUUCAAUUUACAAGAGAUAUUACAAAUACUUUGUUAUUCUGAAUCAAAGUAGCUGAUUUCUAUGUCCCAAUCUUUCAAAUGUCAGUGUUUUGUGACCAUGUGAAUGGUAAUUUUUUGAGAAAGUGCUUUCCACUCAAUCAGAAACAAUGAUUACCGUUGCCGAUUCCAUUGGAAUAAAGCUCAUAUCGCCAGAUUGCUUAUUAACAGGUGUCGGCAAUGAAUUGCAUCAGUACCAUUUGGAUUCAAGCAAUCAAACAAUACAUCGCCAAAUCUGUCUAAAUUUCCGAAGUAAAGUCUAUGGAAUCUCUUCAUUCAACACAGAAAAUAACACAAAUGAGCAAUUCGUAGUCGUGCAUGGAGGACGAGAAUUGGCUGUUUUUUACCUUAGUUCCGACAAGCAUUUAAAACUCAUUACAAGACUAUGUCUCACUGAUUGGAUCAGUUCUAUUCAAGUAUACAAACCCACCUCCAAUGAUGAAGUUUCAUUUUGUACUGUAUCAGGUCAUAGUGUCGCCAGUGAAUUUACCGUGAAUGUGGAUGGCAAAUGGAGUAUUAAGCAGAAGGCUUCAUGUACCGACAAUUGUACGCUAUACAGUUCAUUGAUUAUUGGUGAGAAUUGGUCUGAGACCACGAUAUUUGGCGGUACUGCAUUUGGUGAAUUGAUUAUUUGGAACGCAAGCGGAGACGGUGCAUCGAGGGAAGUUCUUCAUAGGUUAAUCGGCCACAAUGGUGUCAUCUUUUCGAUCAAUUGUUCUCUGUCGCAAAAUCUCAUCACAACCACGUCAGAUGAUCGUUCGGUGAAAAUUUGGAAAAUAAAUUUCUCGUGCGAUGUACCAAAAGACUGGAGCUCAUGUUCAAUUGAAGCAAAAAAGCAAAUGUUCGGACACACAUCACGUAUUUUUAAUCAUAAAAUCAUCGAAUACAACGAAAGAGUUUACAUUAUAACAGUUGGUGAAGAUAGUAACAUUUGUAUUUGGUCCGAUGAUGGACGAUUGAUAAAUCGAGAGCCGAUCGUCAAUUCGGUGUCACUUUGGAAUUUGGACUACGAUUCAAGUAGACAGUAUUUGUUUGCAUGUGGAAAUGACGGAGACGUGCAUCAAAUCAAUUUGAUAAACGUGUUGAAUGGGACCCAAUUUUUGCGUGAAAAUCUCGAAAUCGAUGACUUUUCCAAUGGGGAACAUAUUAAAAAGUUGGUAAUAAUGCAAAGCGAGGCCACUGCUGUCGCAAUGACAACCGAACAAAAGUUAUUUUACGCCAAAAUUGAAGAAAAUCUGUCAAAAAGUUCGUGGCAAUCCCUUCCGGUUGCUGAAACUGCAUACAAAAUCACCGUUUUAGAAGCGUACGGGUCGUUAGUUGCAACGGCUGGCUAUGAAUUUGUGACAAUCUAUCGACAUCAAAAUGGUCAAUUCAAGAGAGUUUAUCAUGAUAAACCACCAUUGGCGGAGACUUCAUCGUUUAUGUGUUCAUUACAAUUUCUCAGCGAAACAGAGUUUGUCAUUUGUGAUGCACGAGGCAAUGGUUGUCUUAUAACCGUCGACGAUACUUUCGGCAUUGUCAAAGAUCAACCAUUUCAAAUGCCACCGGGUAAAGAACGAUGGAUUACGGUGGCGGCACGUUUUGAAAAUUACUUGGUCGUUGGCGAUCGUCAUGGAAAUAUGCACUUGUAUGAAAUCAAUGACACAUUGACAUUAAAACACAGUUUAUGGCAUGUGCAUGGUAAUUUGGGUUGUAAAUCGAUUUUCCAAGCGACAACAAAAGGCCGACUGCAAUUUGAUUGUACCGGUCAUCAGGGAAAAAUGAAAACGAUUGUAAUCAAUGACACCAAAUCGGAAUUGGAGCUGAAAUCAACACACGACAUACCAAUUAAAUGGUGUGAUAAAUCGUUGCACAUUGAUGAACAUCGUAACACGUUAUUGGCAGGUUUUAAUGAACGUCAUUUUAUUGCAUGGCGCAGUGACAAUAGUUUUCGUUUUGAAUUCGAAACGGGCGGCGGUCAUCGUGCUUGGGAUCUGUACAUUGAUAAACACACAUCAAAAGCAUAUUUAUUUUUUGUUCGAAGUAAAUUGUUGAAUUGUGUUCAAUUUUUGCUGCACGACAGUACGCUGCAUCCAUUUAAAUUGCCGAAAAACAAUUGGCAUUCACGUCCUUGUAACACUAUGCGCAUCAUUGAAUUAAACCAUGAUCGGUUUUUAAUCGCUUCCGGUGGCGAUGAUAAUCUGCUGAAAUUCAGUGAAAUUAACAUGGUUGAAUCGAAUAAUCGUCAGGUGUUGCAACAUAAAUUCGAUAUGGUGCUGCACAUUUCAAAUAUUAGAUCCAUUUUUUCGCUUCGAACAGACCGAUCGAGCGAUAAAGAAAAUUGGCUAUGUUUUUCGGCCGGAGGUCGGGCACAAAUUUGCGUGACGGAAGUGAAAAUAGAUCAACAUCGAAACGUGCAAUUUCAUGAAAUCUGCGAUUUUAUGCUUAGAUCGAGUGAUUUGGAGCGCAAACGCACGAAACAAACACAAAUCAUUUAUUUUGAUCCUGAAACUAGAUUCAUGAAUUUGGUAGCCUAUUACAAAGAAAAUGAAAUCAAUAUUGUGGUGGGAUGCUCUGACGGGUAUAUUCGAACGUUUAAGUAUGGAAAAGGAUCGAUUUCACUGGACACAUCAUCAUUUUAUGGACGAUGCAUUCUACAUGUUUACCACUUUCAGUAUAAUGACCAUCAUUAUUUGAUCACUAUGGCAACCGAUGGCUUAAUUGUGUUUUGGACAUUAGACAAAUUUAACGAAGAUUCAAAACCAUUUUUCAAUAUUCAACAUCAUGAUAGCGGAAUUAAUUCGUUUGAUAUUUUCAUAGAAGCAAAUCGAAUGUUUGUGGCAACCGGAGGUGAUGAUCAGGGCAUUGUGAUUUCGAUUCUUCAACUUAAAGCAAAACCAAAUAAUGAAAUAUCAAUUUCAAUUGUGAAAACAGUCAAGUUCCCAUACAAUCACACCGCACAAGUGAAUGGUGUGAAAUUUUCAGCGGACAAAAAAUACCUAUAUUCGGCGAGUGUAGAUCAAACCAUUAUGAAAAUCGAUUUAAGCGAUUUUUCCAUAGGACAAGCGAGUUAUUCAUGUAUUUCAGAUGCAAAAGGAUUGCAAAUCAUUGAUUUGAAUCACAUUUUAAUUUACGGCUGUGGAAUGCAAGUACUGAAAGUUUAAACAAUUCCAUUUUGUAGAGAAAUAUAAAUUCCAAUCAAAGUAACCAAUAUUCAAAUAUAAUUUGAAGAAGAAGAAGAAAAAGAACGGUAGUCAAAAAACGGCUGAAAAAUGUAAAAACUAUGACCAAAAUGUUGAAAAUGUAGAAUUUCUGUAAACAUUGCAUUAAGUGAAUAAUAUAACUCAAAAUUAAUUUUGUAAAAUUUGUUGCAUAAAA